AAGAAGAAAGCAAAUUAAAAAAAAGAAACGAUGUUGGCGAUUCACGCGCUGCUGACUCCGAUUCCUUUGAGGAGGAUAACGAUUCCAAAGUUGACUCCUUUCAUACUCUCUCAAUCAGAAUCAUCAUCCGGUUCGUUUUCCGGUUUAAUCACUUUCUACCGUCGCAGGAGAUCUUACCGAGUAAUCACUUCCAUGGCUGCUGCUGGAUCAGGAUCAAUCUCCACGGAGCACGUCACGGAGAAGUGGUUUUCCGUGCCGGAGCUCCGGUUACGAAACCAUCGAUUCUCAGUUCCUCUCGAUUACUCCAAAAAUUCUCCCAAAAUCACCGUCUUCGCUCGAGAGAUCGUUGCUGUUGGGAAAGAGGAGCAGGCGUUGCCGUAUCUAUUGUAUCUACAGGGUGGUCCUGGAUUCGAAGGUCCAAGACCUAGUGAAUCUGGUGGUUGGAUCCAACGAGCUUGUGAAGAGUUCCGCGUCAUCUUACUCGAUCAAAGAGGAACAGGCUUGUCAACUCCGUUGACGUCUUCCUCUAUGCUUCAGUUCAAAUCAGCUAGUGAUUUAGCUGAUUACUUGGUUCACUUCCGAGCUGAUAAUAUAGUCAACGAUGCUGAGUUUAUCAGAGUUCGUCUUGUUCCUAAUGCUGAUCCCUGGACUAUCUUGGGUCAGAGUUUUGGUGGCUUCUGUGCAUUGACUUACCUGAGCUUUGCGCCUCAAGGACUAAAACAAGUGCUGAUAACCGGAGGAAUCCCACCGAUUGGCAAACCAUGCACAGCAGAUGAUGUGUAUGAUGCUGGUUUUGAGCAAGUUGUUCGUCAGAACGAAAAAUACUACAAGAGGUUCCCUGAAGACGUUGAGAUUGUUCGUGAGCUUGUGACUUACUUGGCUGAAUCUGAAGGUGGAGGGGUAUCUCUUCCAUCAGGAGGCGUCCUCACUCCCCAUGGUCUUCAAACUCUUGGUCUUUCUGGUUUAGGAUCAAGCACUGGUUUUGAGCGCCUGCAUUACAUGUUGGAGAGAGUAUGGGAUCCUAUUUUAGUACCUGGAUCACCAAAGCGUAUCAGUCAGUUCUUCUUAAACGCUUUUGAGACUUGGCAUUCUUUUGAUACAAACCCACUCUAUGCUCUUCUCCACGAGGCUAUAUACUGUGAGGGUGCUUCAUCAAGAUGGUCUGCUCAUAGAUUACGGGAAAAAUUUGAGCACAAAUUUGAUGCAAUGAGAGCAGUCAAAGAAGGCCAAAAUGUACUCUUCACUGGAGAGAUGAUAUUUCCAUGGAUGUUUGAUGAGAUCCAUGCCUUGAAACCAUUCAAAGCUGCCGCAGAUAUCUUGGCCAAGAAAGAGGAUUGGCCUCCGUUAUACGAUGCUGCUACAUUAAAAACCAACAAGGUGCCUGUUGCUGCCGCAGUAUACUAUGAAGAUAUGUAUGUAAACUUCAAGCUAGUGAUGGAAACAGCUUCUCAGAUUUCGGGUGUUAGGCUUUGGGUAACGAAUGAGUAUAUGCACUCAGGUCUUCGUGAUGCUGGUAGACAAGUUCUUGAUCAUUUGUUUGGAAUGAUCAAUGGGAAAAAGCCUCUCUUUUGAUGCUUUUGUUACAUGUAUUUUUCUUCUUUUGUACUCUCCUUGAGGAUUGAUUAAAGAAAGAAUAAUUAAUGAAUUAAUAAAAGUUUGAAAUUUUAAA